CUGGUCCUUCUCGCUGUCUCUCCUCUACUGGAUCCCAACACCUCGACCCUCAUGCUGUGGUUCUUGGUUCUUUAUCACCACUGACUUUCACAGAUUCUGCAGGGCUUUCAUCUCCCUUCAUCUCUUCUUCAUUUCCAUUCGGAUCAUUGAAUUCAAGCGACCGACUGACCAGGUCGUUGAAAAACCAGCGAGCAGCAAGAAUGACGGACAAAGCGGUCUUGCCACCCGGAGGUGGAGAUGAUGCCGGCGGCGUCAUGGCGCUGCUGGAGCGCGUGGCGGGCCUCAUGGACAACGUUCAGGCCACACAGCAGCGCAUGGAGGAGCGUCAGCUGGAGCUGGAGAACACAGUGAAAAGCAUCCAGGCCGACGUCGUCAAACUCACCAACGAUCACGCAAACACCAGCUCCACGGUCAGCCGGCUGCUGGAGAAGACCCGCAAGGUCAGCUGCCACAUCAAGGACGUCAGGGUGCGGGUGGAGAACCAGAACCUCAGGGUGAAGAAGGUGGAGGCCACGCAGGGAGACCUGCUCGCCAAGAACAAGUUCAGGGUGGUCAUUUACCAGGGUGACCAGGAAGUCAAAGCUGUCACAGCAGGUAACGAGCCGGCAGAGUCCAGCGGCGGCGCUGCGGCAAGACCUGAGGUGGAACCAGACAAGUUUGAUCUUCCUCCAGAGUCGGACGAAGAGUACAUGGUUGUGGAGGAAGCAGACACCUCAUCAGCCGGCCGGAUGAAGAAGACAGGCUUGACACGCAUCGAGAGCUUCAAAGCCACCUUCUCCAAGGAGAACAUGAGCAAGACCCGAGAGAACCUGGGCACCAAAGUCAACAAACUCGGCGAGCGAAUCGUAACGGCUGAAAGGCGCGAGAAGAUCCGCCAAUCAGGUGAGAAGCUGAAGGAGACCUUCACCAAGACCGUCCCAGCGAAGCUGAACCUGAAGAAAGAAAGGACUGUGGCUGAGGGUCAGGAAGGAGCGGAGGGAGCUGCGGAGGCCGCCGUUCCAGUUCCUCCUCCUAAAGGCCGGAAGAGCAGCCCAGGAGCAGCCCGGCCGGCUGACCACCAGGCCAAGGCGGCCGAGUCCGAGGUUCCCAUGUACGACAUGAAGCAGCUGUCAUAAAUCAGGACAGGUGGACAGUUUUCUUUGGACCUGAGACCAGAGAGAGAGCAGGGAUGUAGUUCUGCUGGAUGGAGGAAAGUCUAUGAUUGUGGAAACUGUAGAGAAACGAGCAACAAGCAGAUCGAGUCACAUUAACAUGACUGAACAUUAAGACAAGAACAGAUUGUUUGAUGCUGAGUGUUUUCAGAAUAUUCACAUCACAUCCACAGGAUUUGGUCAUUUUUGUUUUGAGUUAUGAUUGAAAUGUUUGAGGACUUCAUCACCAGCUGCUGCUGCUGCAGCUGCUGCUGCUGCAGCUCACUAAUUUGCAUGUUGAAGUUGAAAUGUUGGACGAAAUGAGUUUAACGUUUUGUUCUUAAAUAUCUUGAAAAAUGAGGGAAAGUGAAGUAAAAUAAAGUGGAUUUCUUUGUUUGGAAGUAACAGGAUUUGAUGGUUUGCUCUUGCAGAAACGUUUGUAGAUUUUCAGAUUUGUCAAGAAACAACAAAAACUUAAAAUGCUCACAUAAAACAACAACAUCCAGAUUACAGUUUAUACAUCAAAUUUGAACUGAUUCCUCUAACUUGUAGGUUUUUCCAAGUUUGUUUGGAUUCUACACAUAAUUGGAAGGUAAAUUUUUAUUCAAUCUGAAUUACAAAGUGCAAACAUAUUUACUGGAUAUAGAAAUGAAACUUUCUUCAUCUUGGUUUUAUCAUAAUUUUUUCUUAAGGGGGCGUUUUUAAAAAUAAAAGCGGUUGUGUUAUACUAUUUGUAUGUUGUAGUCUUACAGAUAAAAAUAUUCCACUUGAAGAUGGAAUAAAAUAAGAAUAAAAUCUAACUUGUCCAGUUUUGAACAGAGAGAGAAGCAACAACUAAAGGCAAAUAAAGCAAAGUGUUGCUGAA